AUGUCACACAGCACUCUUGGCAACGGCGAAUGGCUCUACCCCGGCCAGUGUCUCGUUAAGCAAGUCUGGGAUGUGAAGGGUCUCAAGAUGCAGGGUGACGGCAACUUGGUGAUUUAUGACAAUGGCGACAAACCCUUCUGGAGCACCGGGACUACCCUCCGUAGCGGGGGCGACAAGGUCGUGCUGACAGUGCAGAACGACGGAAACGCUGUUCUUUACAAGGGCGAGGCGCUCUGGGGUAGUAAUAGCAUGAAGAACAACUAG